AUGGAGGCUUUGGUGUUGGACCUAACAGUUUAUACGGUUCUAACGGACUCGGCAGCCUUUACGGACAACAAGGUCAAGGUGCCAGCUCAGCAUCUGCUUCAGCUGCCGCCCGCUGCAUCUGUUGGAGCUGCCGCCGCAAGUGGAUCUGGAAACGAUGUUGAAACCAUCAUUUUCAAUAACAACAAUGGAGGCUAUGGUGCUGGAUCUAACGGUUUAUACGGUACAAACGGACUCAACGGCCUUUACGGACAACAAGGACUAGGCGCCAGCUCUGCAGCUGCUUCAGCUUCCGCCACAAGUGGUUCCGGAAACGAUGGUGAAACCAUUAUUUUAAAUAACAACAAUGGAGGCUUUGGUGCUGCAUCUAACGGCUUAUAUGGUUCAAGCGGAAUCAACGGUCUAAAUGGACAACAGGCACAAGGUGCCAGCUCAGUAGCUGCUGCAGCUGCCGCCGCUGCCUCGAACGAUUAUCAAUUCAGCGCUCCCAGUGUUUUGGGAUACGGUCGUUUCUUGCCUUAUGGCAAUCAAGAUCGCACUAUGAUUGUGAGCAAUGAUAACUCUGGAUCAGGAGCAUCUGCUUCUGCUUCCUCAUCAUCAGCAAAUUCAGGUUCAUCAGGAAUUGGACUGGGUGGUCUUUAUGGUUCGGGAUCUAACGGUUUAUACGAAUCUAACGGACUCAGCGGCCUUUACGGACAACAAGGACAAGCGGCCUUUACGGCCAACAAGGACAAGGUGCCAGCUCAACAGCUGCUGUAG